UUGGGUGUAACCAGUGAUUGACAUUACAUCCCACCAGUGGCAAUAGCGCAGCUCAAGCGUUGGAUUACAGUGACGGGGAGGGAUAGUCACGUGAUUAGUAGCCCGGCUGUUAAACCGACAAAGCUCGAGCACAGCAGCUCGUGGGUGACGUAAGACACCGCGCACGUGAGGACAAAUCCCGGUGUGGGGAACCCAGUUAGACCUGCGGUGAGAGAUUUAUUGGAACAAAAGCCCACAACUGGAAGCAAACCACGACUGAAGAUGAGGGAACAGCAGCAAAUGAACCAGCCCGAGGACUGAGAGCAUCAACUGGAGAGAACCCUUCUGACUCAGGGUUUCCAUUGAUUCAGUCCGGAGCAAGUUCGCUGUGCAGACCAACCAUUCAUCUGGGCAGAAGAUGUUUUCAUGGCUUUAAAACUGUGGCACUUUAUAUUGACAGUAGAUCAAAGAAAAUCCCAGCUGUACAUCAACAAAGGGGGGAACCCAUUCACCUGCUGAGACAAUGGGAAUGGAUUCAGUCGGUCAUCUCAGCUGAAGGUGCAUCAGCAAGUUCACACUGGGACAAGGCCAUUCACCUUUUCUGUGUGUGAGAAGGGAUUCAGUCGGUCUUCCCACCUGUGGACACACCAGUCUGUUCACACUGAGCAGAGGCUGGUCAUCUGCUGAAUUUGUGGGGAAUGUUUCACUCGGUUAUCUGACCUAAUGGCUCACCAGCGAGUUCACACCGGGGAGCGGCCGUUCACCUGCUCAGACUGUGGGAAGGGAUUUACUGUAUCAUCUCAGUUACUGAGACACCAGUCAGUUCACACUGGGGAGAGGCCAUUCACCUGCUCAGACUGCGGGAAGGGAUUCAUUCAGUCAUCUCAUCUGAAGGCACACCAGCGAGUUCACACCAGGGAGAGACCAUUCACCUGCUCAGUCUGUGGGAAGGGAUUCACUUGCUCAUUUAAUCUGAAGGUACAUCAGCGAGUUCACACUGGGGAUAGGCCGUUCACCUGCUCAGACUGUGGGAAGGGAUUCAAACUGUUCGCUCACCUACUGACACAUCAGCGAGUUCACACUGGGGAGAGGCCGUUCACCUGCUCAGACUGUGGGAAGGGAUUCACUCAGUCAUAUCAACUGAGGGUACAUCAGCGAAUUCACACUGGGGUGAGGCCGUUCACCUGCUCAGUGUGUGGGAAGGGAUUCACAAAGUCAUCUGCUGUACUGAGACACCAGUCAGUUCACACUGGGGAGAGGCCAUUCAUCUGCUCAGUGUGUGGGAAGGGAUUCGUAGAUUCAUCUCAACUGAAGGUACAUCAGCGAGUUCACACCGGGGAGAGGCCAUUCACCUGCUCAGACUGUGGGAAGGGAUUCACUUGCUCAUCUCAUCUACUGAGACACCAGUCAGUUCACACCAGGGAGUGACCAUUCACUUGUUCAGUCUGUGGGAAGGGUUUCAAUUGGUCAUUUCACCUGCUGACACACAGGGAAAUGGCCGUUCACCUGCUCUGUCUGUGGGAAGGGAUUCAUUCAGUCAUCUCAACUGAAGGAACAUCAGCGAGUCCACACUGGGAAGGGGCUGAUCAGCUGCUCAGACUGUGGGAAGAAAUUCUCUCAGCCAAAUCAACCAAUUGUGCAUCACUGAGUUCACACUGGGGAGAGGCCGUUCACCUGCUGUGAACGUGGUGAAGUAUUUACGGUGGACAUGGACUGUGCCUUUAAAUGAGAGAGAAAAACUGUCUGCAGUACUGCUGCCUGCUUCUUGGUUGCCAUGGUGAGAGAGAGGCGGAGUUAUGUGAUGGACAGUUCGAUGUUCACAGUUGCUUCUUGGUUGCCAUGGUGAGAGAGAGGCGGAGUUAUGUGAUGGACAGUUCAAUGUUCACAGUUGCUUCUUGGUUGCCAUGGUGAGAGAGGCGGAGUUCUGUGAUGGACAGUUCAAUGUUUACAGUUGCUUCUUGGUUGCCAUGGUGAGAGAGAGGCGGCGUUAUGUGAUGGACAGUUCAAUGUUCACAGUUGCUUCUUGGUUGCCAUGGUGAGAGAGAGGCGGAGUUAUGUGAUGGACAGUUCGAUGUUCACAGUUGCUUGGUUGCCAUGGUGAGAGAGAGGCGGAGUUAUGUGAUGGACAGUUCGAUGUUCACAGUUGCUUCUCGGUUCCCAUGGUGAGAGAGAGGCGGAGUUAUGUGAUGGACAGUUCGAUGUUCACAGUUGCUUCUUGGUUGCCAUGGUGAGGGAGAGGCGGAGUUAUGUGAUGGACAGUUCGAUGUUUACAGUUGCUUCUUGGUUGCCAUGGUGAGAGAGAGGUGGAGUUAUGUGAUGGACAGUUCGAUGUUCACAGUUGCUUCGUAGCGUGUUUAUUUAAACAAGGUCAGAUGACUCUCCCAGAGACACACAGUGGGACACAGGUUACGGCGACCGGUCAGUGAAAGGAGACCAGUGACAGAGGAGUCACUGGGUGGAACUUUCGAGUGCCCACAAGCGAGGGUUGAGGAUCGAUCAGGGGAAUCGAUCAGUGGCUGUCACGGUGUGUGGAAGGGCUGACCCUGUGGAGGCUACCGGUGUGUCUACCCUUGCCUGGGUGGUAGUUUACCCUCGAAGAUGGUCCCCUUAGUGAUAAGCUGCGUUUGGCUAACUCGAGAGUGGAUUCGGAGCCUGAGGAUGGAAGAUCAAUGGGACCUGUUUACUCAUUCUUCUCCUGGUGUGGUUUUCACCUUGGAUUACAAAUACCUUCCUCACACACACCAAUUCCGUGGAUUGAACUGAACUUCCUUACAUCACUAUCGUGAGACUUUAACUCUUGCCACUCGAGCUUGAGUGUGUUUGGGAAUUAUAUUUACAUACAUAUAUAUGCAUAAGACUACUAACUUUUGAUUUACCUGGGUUAAGUUACUAUAUUAACUAGAUACUAAUAUAUAGUGUUUUUUAAUAUCAAAACCAGACUCCAGGUGUGCUCUAUUGCUGCUGGUUCAUUUAGACCGUUACGUGUACGUAAACAGAUUCAUUCAGUUAUCUGUCCUUAUGACAUACCACCAGGUUCACACCGGGGAGGGGGUGUUCACCUGCUGUGAAUGUGGGAAGCGAUUCACUCAAUAAUCUAACCUUAUGUAACUCUCCCUCGGCUAGCAGCUUAAUAUAGGGGGUGAUAGCUCCCCAGCUCGGCCAGACUUAAGAAAUCUCGUUUGGGUGGAUGCUGCGCAAUGUGUCCCCUGUUACAAAAUCAGUACCCCGAAAUAACAAACAGUACACAAUAUGUGAUUAAACAAUUGAGCUUCAUAAUUCUUACUUUGACUAUUGGGUUAGUGAAGAAAACAAGAAAAAGGGUCCACUCUCUCCAUCCGCGUCUUCUCAUCUCUCCCCAGCAAAAGACCACGAAAAUCUCUCUUCCAGACUCACAAGGAAGAACAUUUCUGUCAUUGGAUACCCCGCACUCCAAAACCCUGUUAUCUCUAUUCGUAACCUAAACAUUGCUGCUACAGAGAAACCAUUACCUCAGCAGUGAUACAUUGCAGAGAGGCCAUUACAUGAACAGUGAAACCUUACAGCAUGUUACACUUGUGACACACUGC